GUAGCGUAUCUCGGACGCUAAUGAAAGAAAGAAAUAUACAAAGGUAGAGGCGCUCAUAAUCUCCAUUUAGAUAGCAUGCGCCAACAACCCCUAAAAAGAUUCCCAACCCAAAAUCGAAGAACAGUACACUAAACCACCAGAGGGCGCCGGUUGCUGUUUUGACUCACAGUCUUGUUUUCUCUGGCAGAAACACAAUAAUCCCGAUCCGCAUACCAUCCCUUGCUGGUUGAAUCAGCGCUGGAAUUCUGCCACAUUGUCUCCCGUUACCAUGGCGCAUCCAUGAGGAAAGAAAGGGAGAGCUCGAUUAUUCCAGCUUCAUUUUACCUUUGCAGUUAUGUCGCGGUCUGGCGGCAUUUUUUCGCCAUGUCAGAGCUCUCUGCUUUCCUUGUCUUGUCAGUGCUGUUGAUUUUCUCCGAGCAUGGGCCGGUGAUGGUGGAGAGUGGCAGGGCCGCUGCCGGCCCUGGUACCAACAUGGGGAACAACAAUAUCAACACCAUCACCUUCCAGGAGGAGCCGAGCACGUACCAACAAAGCCAUCGCCAGAAUCAAGUGCAGAUGGUAUCAGUAUCAACAUCAGUAUCAAUGUUUACAUUAAAAGUUCAAGUCAAUGAUCUUGUGAGCCGCCAGUAUCUUAGGAAAGCUGCCGUUGAAGUGUUUGUGAACUACACUAGAACCAAUUCUGCAUAUACAGAAGAAAAUGGGGCGGUGUUACUGAGAGUACCAUACAAACUGGGAUUAACUUUAACAAUUGUGGCACGUAUGGAUGGCUAUGUGUUAACACCAUUGCCUUGGAAAACAGCAAAGAUGCCAAUAUUUUCCUCUGUGACCCUUUCGCUGAUUCCACAAAACCAAGGCAACAUCUGGCUGUUUGAAGAUUCAGUUCUGAUAACUGGAAAAAUAUCAGAUGUAACGUUACAGCCCAGCAUUCAGUUUCCAAAGAAUUUACUAAAACUGCCAGACCGCUCUAAUAUCUCUGGCGUGACAGCCUACCUAACACUGCCUCAGCUACCUACUGAUAAAGAUUUCCCUCUUUUUUACACAAUGGAGACUCUUAUCAACAGAUCAGGUUACAAGAGUAUCGAAUUGACCCCUGUGGCUGCAGUUAGCGCCCGUCUCUUCUCCAGAGGCAAAGAGGUUAAAGUCACCGGUCCAGUUCAGAUCAUGCUGCCUUUACCGGAGAAUACUAAAGUGAAAACUGCAGAUGCUGUGGCUGCAUGGGCUUUCGAUUCAAAAACAGGUUCCUGGGUUAAUAGAGGACUGGGGAUGGUGACGCAGGAUGAGGAUCAUGUUGUUUGGUCAUAUGUAGCUCCUCACCUUGGGUACUGGAUAGCUGCGCCUUUACCUACAAGAGGAGGUAUUAUUGGACGUACAACAACUCUGAUGGACUUUACCUCUUACCACACUUACCUUCUCAUGGCCAUUCUGGGAGGAACUGUUGUAAUUGUUUUUGGAUUUUUUGCUGUACUUUGUUGCUUUUGUAGGGGAAGAGUUUGUGAGCCACAGAAGGGUGAACGAGAUGUCAGUAAAAUGGAGGUCUUAAGGAAAGACCAGACCACUUCAACUAAUGGAAACCAGUCCAGACAUAAUGAAAACUCCUCCGACAUGCCCGUGAUGUCAUCCCGGGAUGGUUCUCGUAGAGAUGAAUCUGCAUCUACAAGACAGAAAGGGAACUUUAACAUCUACGUUGAUGAUGUUGGGCAUCCAUCUGAAAAACACUUUUAUGAAAAUCAGGGCAACUCUGCCACUCAGCCUGAAAGCUGUAGAUCUCAGCACCAGCCAACCUAUGUUAACAGCAGUGAGACUGUGAGGUCUAAAGAAAUGACACAGCAGCAAAGAGUACAUCUUGCUCUGAAUGGAAACAUAUACAGAAUUAGCCACUUUCCAGAAAGAUUAGUGCACAUUUAUAACCAACCAGUAGCCAUUCUGCAGGCUCCAGAUCUCUUUAGCACCCCUGAGCAGCUGUCGGGUUGCAAGUCUGCUACUUUACCAAGAAAGGGACAGCUGGUGUUCAACCCACUGAUGGAACCCAUGAGCAAAGACAGCUACACACAGACACUCCCCAAAAUGCAGCAGCUUUCACAUCUACAGCCAGAGACCUGUAGGCAACAGGAGGUCCUUAAAGGUCCACAGAAUUUAGCCUCCAACCCAGAGACCUGGGCCAGAUACAGCAGCAGCCUACUGGAGUCGGUGUCUGUUCCAGGGACAUUGAAUGAAACCGUGGGCAUGAGUCCAUUCUGCAGUGAACUUCAAGGCAUUUCAGAGCAAACUUUGCUGGAGCUGACCAAAGGCAAACCCUCCCCUCACCCGAGAGCAUGGUUUGUUUCAUUGGAAGGAAAACCCAUUGCCCAAGUGAGGCAUUCAUUCAUUGAUCUUCAGAAAAAGAAGAAACCUACUAAUAGCAAUGACACCAGCCUGGACUCUGGUGUGGAUAUGAACGAACAUCAUCCCAUCAGAAAACUGGAAAGGGAGAAGAUCUUUAUUAAGGGUAUGCCUCACAGCAAAAUCCUCUACAUGGAGGACUUUGAUUUGAGCAGCAGUGAGAGUGGGACAACUGCAGCCUGCACUCCUGAAGAUCCAUUAUUAAGACACAUACUGGACAGUGGGAGUGGACAGAUUGGGGAGGGACAGCCAGACAGAGAACAGGCAGAGGCAAUAAGCAUCCAAGAAGAGAGCGAGACACAGUCAACUCCAUCAUCAAAAAGACUGAGAAGGAACAAAGGGAAAUCGGACAGCAAAUCAAGUGGAUGGACAAAAAGGGAGGAAAGGCCUCUCAUGUCUUUAAACUAGCCAUUUUCUAAACAGGUCAGGUCAGAGGGGUGGUAAAGGCAUAACAGUAUCCCAGCAUUUGGUAAUGCACAUUGUGUAUUUCAAUUGAUUCUGAAUGUGCACUUAUACAUUUAACAAAAGCAUAGUGCAUUGUUGUCAUCUGACUCACCAACAAUAGGAUUUAUACUUUUUGGUGAGAAAGAAUGGUUAAAAAUAUACAGUAAUUCUUCUUGGUCUGUCUUGGACUUUUUCAAACAUGAAAACCUUUUGAACAAUGCAGCAUUGAAAAGGGACAAAUCUGUGUAGGUUCCAGCCUGUCUCUACAUAGUUCAUUUGAUUGGCUUCUGCCAAUGCUUAAAACAGUACAGCUGUGUCUGUAUGCUUGGGCACUCUUCACUUCAUGGUGUGUCCCAAUGGUUACAGGGCAAUGGCAAUGUUUAAUGGGUCUUGGUGUAAAUCUGGUUUAACAUUGUUGCUCAGUCAAAUAACACAAAUACUUGUACUCUGUAAUGAGCAGGAUGCAUUUUCAACAAGCUUACUGAAGAACUUGCAUGUAAAUAUGAAUCUGGUGGAAAUUAACCUGCCUUGUCUUUCAUCAACAUAU